AUGGCCUCAAAAGCCUUCUUCGAUCCUGUGGUGGCUCUACGAGCCGCCCCCCUCAUCACAUCAACCUGCUCCCUCUGGUUCGCUUGGGAUCAACACUUCUUCCUACACCUCUUCAAUAAGCCCGAGCUCCGCGCCAAGAGUAACGACUUGCUGCCCACCUUCUUCCGCUACUUCUUCCCCGGCGGCGUCACCCGCGUCCUGGCCCUUCUUUCGCUGACGUUGUCCUCUUCUUUCGCCACUUGCUUCGUCAACCAUGACUCGCAUUGGGCGAAUGGGUCUCUGCGCUGGUAUACGGCUGGCAUCGCUUUAACCGCUAGCCAUCUCGCCUUUGUACCAGCUGUUGCGCCCAAAAUACAGGCUAUUAUCGAGGACAGUUCAAAGGGACAGAGCACCAAUGAUCUGGAUGGAUGGUUGAAGAUUCACACUUUGAGGAGUCUGACCGUUGAUUUGGCGGCGUGGGCUUGUUUUGUCGUUGCAACUGUACGAAAUCUUCAAGUUUCUUAG